AUGGACCAUCUUAGACUUAUUCUCCUACUCUUCCUGUUCAUACCCACCUGCUUCUCUUUCACGUUUCAAACUCCUUCAAUCAAUGAGUUUUCCAAUCAAAGUUCUUCUCUGAAGCAGCAGAUUCUUGAGCUAGCUAACAGUCCAAGCACGGUGAAAUGGAUGAAGAGAAUAAGGAGGGAAAUCCAUGAACACCCAGAAUUUGCAUAUGAGGAGUUCAGGACUAGUGCUCUCAUCAGGCAUGAGCUUGACCAGCUGGGUGUUGCUUACAAGUGGCCUGUGGCGGGGACGGGUGUGGUUGCAAAAAUUGGUUCUGGGUCUCCUCCUUUUGUUGCUCUUAGAGCAGACAUGGAUGCUUUGCCAAUUCAGGAAUUGGUUGAUUGGGACCAUAAGAGCAAAGUAGAUGGAAAAAUGCAUGCUUGUGCACACGAUGCACAUGUUGCCAUGUUACUCGGCGCUGCAAAGAUAUUACAAGAAAUGAAAGACAUGUUACAAACUACUGUUGUUCUAAUAUUUCAACCAGCUGAGGAAAAAGGCACAGGUGCAAAAGAUAUGAUCCAAGAAAAAGUGCUUGAAGAUGUUGGGGCUAUUCUUGGAUUGCAUUUGGUGUCAGUGUAUCCAACUGGUGUUGUUGCAUCACGACCAGGAGAAUUUUUAGCAGGGUGUGGAAGCUUCACAGCUAAGAUCAAUGGAAAAGGGGGUUUAGCAGGGGUUCCCCAGCAUUGUCUUGACCCAAUUUUGGCUGCUUCAACAUCAAUUAUUAGCUUGCAAAACAUUGUUUCAAGGGAGGUUGAUCCUUUGGAUUCUCAGGUGCUUUCUGUGGCCAUGAUCAAUGCAGGGUCUUCUCAUGACAUCAUCCCUCAUUCAACUACAUUUGGAGGUACUUACAGAGCAUUCAGCAAAAAAAGCUUCUAUGGACUCAAGAAAAGGAUAGAAGAGGUUAUUAAAGGCCAGGCAGAAGUACAUAGGUGUUUUGCUGAGGUUGAGUUCUUAGGUAAUGAACAUCCACUAAUCCCUCCAACCACAAACGACGAAAGAGUAUACGACCUAGCACGCCAAGUCUCUAGUAAGAUUGUUGGAGAAGAUAAUAUAAAAUUAGCUCCCCUCUUCACUGGGAGUGAAGAUUUUGCAUUUUACUUGGAAAAAGUACCUGGCACACUCGUUCUUGUGGGUACACGAGAUGAGAAGAGUGGAUCCAUAUAUUCUGCUCAUAGUCCUUUCUUUUCCAUUGACGAAGAUGUGCUUGCCAUUGGGGCCUCAAUACAUGCAACAUUUGCUCUUUCAUACCAUUCUUAUUUAACAAAUCCAGAUCCUUUCUAA